GCAGUCAGUGUUAACAGGAACACAGGACAGCGGGGAGAGCAGCAGGUACACAUAUAAUAUUGUUUGAAACCCGAGGAGGCGCUUUGCUUUUCAGCCAAUGGAGCGAGUGAAGUCUUGGCCCAAAAAGUGGCCUAGGCCCCUAAGCCGACUAACUAAGUCUAAGUCAUAACGUCACCGCCGGGGACACAGACAGAGUCGAGCCUCUUGUCAAGUGCCUUAACACACUGACAGUGUGACACCGUUAUUGCGACUUUGCGAUUCAGUGCCCUGUUUUCCCCUCCUCCACACCAUCUAGUCGCUGCUGCAGGCUCUUUCUUACCGGCGAGCGCGCGCGCACACACACCUCAACACCCGGCACGAGCGGCGCUGCGCGCGCAGCCGGUGGCGGAACUGCGUUUCGGCGCUUUCUGACACGUCAGCCAAAGCGGCCGGAAGGCUUUCACUGUGACACGCGCACCGGGGCGGAACCCAGUUCACGCGCUGUUGCAGCACGGAGCGCUUUCGCGGUGACGCGUUCGACGCGCACUGGACACGGCGGCUGACCGGCCGGUUGAGCGGCGGAACCGUUUUCGCGCGGCCCUGUCGCCACUUUCGCCUGUUUCAAAUUAUAGCUUCAAAGAGCAGCUGGCGGCGCUUUGAACGGGAUGUCAUCAUCAUCAUCAUCACCACACACACGCGGCGCGCUGCGCGGGCUGUGUCCGUCAUGAGGCGUUUCGCCGGCGCACAAGGUUCCUUCAGAGCUCUCCUGGGUUGAUGUCCCACUCGCCUCACACAUGGAUCUGCCGGAGUCCAGCACCGCUAAGAAUGGCCGGCAGAGGAAGACCGUUGUCUCCUGGGAGAUGAAGGACGGUGAGGGCAGCUACUCGUCCAGCUUGCCAAUGGAGGACGAGGCGCUGCUGGGGCCCGGCCAUGAGGAUGACGAGGGACGCCCCAAGGGCCGCGGAGGCAUCGGGACAGAACUGGGCAGCGUCUCCCUGCUGCUCUUCCUGUAUGUCCUGCAGGGCAUUCCCCUGGGCCUGGCGGGAAGCAUUCCUCUGAUCCUGCAGAGCAAAAACGUCAGUUACAAGGACCAGGCCUACUUCAGCUUCGUCUUCUGGCCCUUCAGCCUGAAGCUGCUGUGGGCCCCCCUGGUGGACGCGCUGUACUUUUCUCGAUUUGGCCGAAGAAAGUCCUGGCUCGUCCCCACGCAGUACCUGCUGGGCUUGUUCAUGCUGUGCCUGUCGGCGACGGUGGACUCGCUGCUGGAGAGCGACAGGGGGCCGGACGUCAUGACCCUGACGGCCGUCUUCUUCAUGCUCGCCUUCCUGGCCGCCACUCAGGACAUUGCGGUGGACGGCUGGGCACUGACCAUGCUCUCGCGGGACAACGUAGGCUAUGCCUCCACCUGCAACUCAGUGGGCCAGACGGCCGGCUACUUCCUGGGCAACGUGCUUUUCCUGGCUCUGGAAUCAGCUGACUUCUGCAACAGCUACCUGAGGUUUGAACCCAAGGCCACCGGCAUCGUCACCCUCUCCGACUUCCUGUUUUUCUGGGGGGUCGUGUUCCUGGUGUCAACCACCCUAGUGGCCAUCUUUAAGAAGGAGAACCCCAGGCAGCAACAGCAUAAGAAGAAGAAGAAGAAGAUGAUGAUGAUGCCCCUGGAUGAGUCCCAGGGGGUCAUGGAGACCUACAAGCUGCUCAUAUCCAUCAUCAAGAUGCCUGCAGUCUUUACCUUCUGCAUCCUGCUGCUCACCGCGAAGGUGGGCUUCUCGGCCGCAGAUGCGGUAACGGGACUGAAGCUGGUUGAGGAGGGCGUACCCAAGGAGAAGCUGGCACUGCUGGCUGUGCCCAUGGUGCCCCUGCAGAUCCUGCUGCCUCUACUCAUCAGCAAGUACACGGCAGGGCCCCGACCCCUGGAUGUGUACUACAAGGCGUUCCCCUGCAGGCUCCUCAUUGGCCUGGGCUAUGCUGUGCUGGUGUGGUGGACCCCCAGUGUUAGGCAGGAGAAGGACUUCCCCCUCUACUACUAUGCCGUGGUCCUGUUCAGCUACGCUGUGCACCAGGUGGCGCUCUACAGCAUGUACGUUGCCUCGAUGGCCUUUAACGCCAAGGUCAGUGACCCUGUGAUCGGAGGCACCUACAUGACGCUCCUGAACACCGUCACGAACCUGGGCGGGAACUGGCCGUCGACACUCGCGCUCUGGCUUGUGGACCCGCUCACGCUGAAGGAGUGCCGGGGGGCGGCGGCAGCGCAGAGCUGCGGCUCCCCGGAAGCGGCCGAGCUGUGUUCCCGCAUGGGGGGCACCUGCGUCACCUCGCUGGACGGCUACUACGUGGAGUCACUUGUGUGUGUGCUCAUUGGCUUCAGCUGGUGGUUCCUCCUGGGGAAGCGCCUGAAGAGCCUGCAGGACGAGACUCCUUCGGCCUGGCAGUGCCGGACGCACAAGUGACGGCCUUACCGCGGUGCUCCCGGCCUUACUGUGGUGCGCUCCACCUCCCGCUCACUGUGAACGGUGUGCUCCUCACGCCUUCCGCUGGUCGCUCUCGUCUCGUAUCUCCUGCUCCUCCGUUGCUCCCGUCUCUUUGCUGCACGAACCACGCAGGCUGAAGUGGACGUCUGGGACGAGACUCAUCAAGUCCUUCUCUCACAUCACCUCAACAAAUGGAUCGAUUGAUUGGAACUUUUUGCACCAUCUGCUGAAUACAAAAUGCAUUUGGCUGUAAAUCUGGUGCAGUUAUAAAUGGUUACUUGAUGCAGAAAACACAAAAUUGUGUUAAAAGGAAGUUUCUCUGUACUUUUUUGUGUUCCAAGUGUUGAACUUAGUUUGGGGGGAAGGAAAAGAAAACGUGUGGAUCGGUUGCUUAUGGAGGUAAUUGUAACUGAUAAAUAUUUUUUUAAAAGGCGUUUAAAGGCGGCAUUCUGUGAAAAUGAGUGUUACCCACAGACGAGGGCAUGCUGCAGAAAGGGGGAUGGCCGAGGAGGCAGGUGAGCCGAGGUGCAAAUUUACAUCUCCUCUGUAUGCUGUACAUUGUUGUGUAUAAAGGUCAUGGUUGCGUGACUACUGCUGUUUUAUUUUAACUUUGCGUUAAUCAUUCAUUGUCUUUUGUGUUGCCUGCCUUGUGGAUGUUUUACGAGCAGCAACCUCCCUGCUCUUUUUCCACUUGUUUUCCCUCCACCACCGUAUGAAGGUGGGAUGGUUGGACAUUUUAGACAUAUUCUGUAAACAGAAGUCUCUCAAGUGCGUUUCUGUACAUCGUAUAUAAGGUGGUGCUACUGCGGUUGUGCAAAUUCAGUUUGACGGAGCUUAAUUGGAACCAAAAUAUCGACAAUGUAUCUGUUUCUGAUUUGCCAAAUCCCAACCACAGGAGUAUCACCAUAUUGAAGCUCAGUGGACAUUAGUUAUGGUUUUUAUUUAAUUUUUUCCUGAUUGAUGUAAAUCAUUCUUUGACGUCUUUUGAUUUUUCAUAAAGUGAAGUGACCUGUCUAUUA